UGAGGUGAUAUCCUGUUUUUAUCAAGAUUGUGAACGCUAGGAAAACUGGUUCGGCUAGCUCUGAAGGAGCACCCUGGAGAUUUCCCCCAAGCAAGAAUUUUCACUAUGUUGGACAUCGCCAAAUGUGCCUCGUACCACCAGCCUCUAUCGGAAUAGAGGUUCAAGUUGGGAUCCGACUCGGAUGACUGUUGGCCUCAAAUUUAUAAAGGAUCCUUCGAAAGCGACGAUUGUCGAAGCCUAUCGCGCGGGGAGAACAACCGUUAUUGCCGCGGCCCGCCUCAAUCUCGGCUUGGACCCAACCCCAGCAUACCCCUCGGGCGUCCCAAAAGGAAUUAGGAGGAAACUCACGCGAAGUUUAUGUCGCCACUCAGUGACAGCAGCAACCCCCGUGAGGGUAAUCCCUCCUUCUCCCUACUUCCCAACUACUCUGCCUCCGAUCCCACAUCCCUUGAAGGCUGAUCACCGGACUUCCUGCCACCGAUUAGCUGGGAAGACAGUGGUGGUCCCCGACUACCAAGGGAGGUUCAGCAAGCCGAAGCCAUUCUUGCUGCACUUCAUCAACAAUUUGGCAAUUAUUUUACACCCAAAGAAACAAGAUUCACAAUCCGCGCACUUGCCGCUUUUCUCCAAGCUCAGGGAUCCAGCUUCUCGGAUUAGCGCUCGCCUUUCUAGUCAAUCACUCCAGUGAACCUGACUCACAGCCGAUGGUCCAUUUCUGCUUUGGUUCCCUGACCCUGCGACCACGAGUGCGACUUUCAAGAGCUUCUU